UGGGGUAUGAACUAACAGCAUUUUUUACAGUCCUAACUAAUAGAAAAAGUUUCCUGACACUUUCAAUAAGUAAACAGAUUCAAAGAUCCGAAUGUAUUUCUGUUUCAUAUAUCAGUCAUACUGAAAUGAAUUGAUUAUACAUAUAUUAGCUGAGAAGUCUCAAUUACUGGUUGAAGUCAGUGAUGGUUUAAUGCGUAAUUUGUGUUUGUUGACGUCGCUGACUUGGAUUUACAGCGAACCUAAAAUACACGGGUCUGUACCAGCAGUCAGACAAAAUGAUUUGAACCAGAUCUGUGUCCGAAGGUCAUUUUUAAACCACUUCAUUUCCAUUUCCAUGCUGGAUCCAGUGGUGAUUUCUUUCUACUCCGCUGCGUAAAACGUGCGCGUCGCUCCACCUUCACCUCCAGACCCUCCCUGUCAGAUGCUGCUGCUGCUCAUUUUCUUCGCUCUGCUUCUGUCGGACGUCAGGAGGAACCUAGUGGAAAACAUCAGCCGUUGUUCUUGGCGCGCACACACACACACACACACACAUUCUCCCUCUGCCUGUGAUGAAUGAGUUGUUGAAGAACCUCUGUUCUGUGGAUGUGAGCCUCCGUCAGUCCAGGAUGAGGAUGAAGAUCACCUUUGGAUCUCUGGUGAUCGCUGCAGGGAUCUGUGGGAUCCUCAGCUUCGCUCUUUUGGCCACUUCGUUAGGAACAGACUACUGGUUCAUCAUCGAGAUGAGGAACCCGAACACAAGCGGCGGCAGCUUGGACUUCGAGGACAUGAGUUCCCGCUCAGGACUGUUGAGCAUCAACGAAGGUGGGAAAAUAUACGGCAUCUCUCUGGACUUCUUCAGAGCUGACGUCUCCAAAUACUCUGACACCGAGCUGCAGCUGCUGAACAUGCACCGGGCCGUGGUGGUGCUGUUGCCCCUCAGUCUGGUCCUGAUCCUCUUCGGUGGUAUCGCUGGGUUGGUGAGUUCUCUGGCUCGCAGCCCAGUGCUCCUCACCUGCACUGCCUCCUACUUUUUCAUCUGCAGUCUCCUGACCCUGUGUGGCAUCGGCCUCUACAUCAUCUACUCUUACGAGGCCUUGGCAGAGACAGAGAGGUUAGUGGGACCGGAGAUCCUGGCCUACGUCAGCACCUCCUUCGGCUGGUCUGUGGGAAUAGCCUGGCUCUCCUACGGCCUGGAGGUCCUGGCUGGAACUCUGCUGCUCGUUGCUGCACAGGUGGUGAGGAGGCAGUGCAACAGUCCCACCAGAGCCUGAACACAACCCCGGGUUGUGCAGGACCAUCAGGGUGAACUGAAGUGUGCAUGAGGGUGGAUCUCCUCUGGACAAGGUAACCAGGAUGUUCGGCUAAUUUUGUUUUGUUUUUUAAAACGUAGAAAAAGACUGCUAAUUUUGACACUUGGAACCCUCCUGUGGUGGGUGGUGAUGUGGCUUCUUAUGUCCUCCGAACAUAACUCAGUGAUUCUAACAUCGCUGUUCUGAUCCAUGCUGAACUGAAAUAAAUUCUAAAAAACUACAAAUCGUUUCAUGUCCUAAAAAGUAACGCACAUGUUUAACCUCACAAACAAAGAAUGUGAAUGUGUGUUAAAUCUAAACGUUUGAAGUUUGGUGUCAUAUUGCUGUUUUUUCUAUGUACAUUAAACGUGACGUAAAUGUUGGGUCAGAGUGACGCCUGCUGUCAGCCUUUCAUUAGUGAAUAUUUUCGACAUCUUUUCUGAAUUUAUGUUAAUGUCAUGAUUCCCACUAGAACAGAAAGUUUGGUGCCUGUAAAUGUUAAAGUAAUUUACCAAUACAUUUUAUGUUGUAGGCGAUGUUCUUUAAGCUAAUUCUCAGUUUUUUUGUUUUUUGCUAACAUUUAGCUCUUCCUGAGCAAAAUUCAGGUCAUCUUCUGGGAAACUUUGCUUAUUUUGCUAAUUAGCGCAACAUUUCUUGUUGAAUUUUAAUUGAUUUGUUGCAGUAUGUUAAUAUUUCUACUAAGCUACUUCUUAAAAUAUUGUAUUAUUAAUAAUAUUGUUGUUGUUGUGCCAAAAACACCUAAGGUAAAAUAAUUAGAGAGAUAUCACAGAGGAAUAUGUAUUUGGCUAACAGUUAUCUAAUCUGUAAUCAUUUACCUCACCAUUAAA